AUGGAUAAACAACUGGAACAAGGAAAUGGAAUAAAUUUGGGAUCAUGGAACGUUAGAACUUUAAACAUACCAGGUGCACUGCAAUAUGUUUUAGAUACAGUUAGAUCAUAUAAAAUACAAUUAUUAGCCUUGCAAGAAGUUAGAUGGCCUAAUAAAGGAAGCGUAACUAAAGAAAAUAUGACCUUAUUCUACAGUGAAACAGAUAAUGGAGCACGAGAAAAUGGAGUAGUCUUCAUAGUACAUGAUUGCUUACUACCGCACGUUAAAAUCUUUGAACCAGUAAAUGACAGAAUAUGUUAUAUAAUCUUAAAGGGAAAAUAUUUCGAUAUUGCAGUAAUUUCUUGCUACGGUCCAACUGAAGAAAAAGAAGAUAAAAAAAAAGACAAAUUUUAUGAGGAAUUAGCAGAAGUUUAUGACAGAUUACCUAGACAUAGUAUCAAAAUAUUUUUAGGGAAUUUUAAUGCUAAAAUUGGCCGGGAAACUAUGUAUAGACCAUUGAUAGGUAAGGAAAGUCAUCAUGAAUAUAGUAAUGACAACGGAACACGAUUAAUAAACAUGGCAAUGUCAAAAGAGUUAGGGAUCAGUAGUACUUAUUUUCCCCGAAAGAAUAUACACAAGCACACAUGGGUAUCCCCAAAUGAAUUAACUAAAAACCAAAUAGAUCAUGUCAUGAUCAGUAAAAAACAUAUGAGCUGUAUAAGUAACGUGAGAAGUUACAGAGGUGCAGAUGCGGAUACCGACCACUAUCUGAUUAUAGCCCAUUUCAGGAUAAGGCUAUCAUCGAAAUGGAAACGAUCAUCAAAAACGUACAACUCGAAAUUCAAUGUUGAAAUACUUAGAGACCAAGAAAUAGCAAAACAGUAUGAAAAACUAGUACAGAAGAAGAUAGGAAAAAACAGUUGGAAGAAUUCGACUGAGGAUAUAGAAAACCAAUGGAACCGAAAAAAACAAAUCAUAACAGACUGCGCGUCAGUGGUUAUUGGAAAUGCACCAAAACGAGAAGAAAAACGAUGGUUUAAUGAUAAGUGUCGAGAAGCAAUAAAGAAACGUUUUGAACUUAGAAAGAAAUUGUUACAAAAUCCAUCUGAAGAAAAUAAAAUCAUAUAUGAAAACUGGAGAAAAGAAACCCACAAAUUAUUAAGAAGAGAAAAAAGAACUGAUAUGAAGGCGAGAAUAGCAGAAAUUGAAGAAAACAGAAAAAACCCCAAAAAAUUCUUUGAAAACAGAAAACAAAUUAAAGAAGGUUUUAAACCGCAAGUAAAAAUGCUAUUAAAUGAGAAAGGAGAAUUAGUCACGGAUAAAAAAGAAAUAGUAGAGCUGUUUAAAAAGCAUUUUGAAACACUAUUAAACAGACAAGGACAAGGUAGCACAAACGAAGACAUGACGUACUACACUGUAGAACCUGAUAUUGGAGAACCUAAAUAG